AGCAACCUCCACUUCAAAGGAUCACAGGGUUCACGAUAUUUACAAGAUAGCUUGUAAAUAGCUUGUAGCUGUACAAGUACCUCGAGAAGCUGCUUUAGAAGGAUCGCAGCUAGAUCUAGUUAGUAAUGGAAGCGGACGAGAGGCUGCGUUGGCUCGAGGCAAGGAUAAGCUCCUCACUGAGGCCCAGAGGCGAGGAGCUGAGAAACUUCUUUGCAGAUGAAGAGAACAGGGCAGCGUUUCUGGCAUUCUGUAACCAUAGUGAGUCCAGGAGAAUAUUUAUCCAUCUGACUAGCGAUGAGGGUCAGAUACGAGUGGACUCCUCCCCCCCACGAGCUCUCUCUGACAAGUCGUUGUUCUUUCUCAAGUGCAGCCAUGCCUCCAAACUGAACAGGGAGAGUAUUGGACAUGAUGUCGUUUAUUCAGAGUGUUCAAGAGUACCUCUAGACCAUCUUGAGCUAGUAAUGAAGGAGGUAUAUCUUCCAUUAAUGAGUCUUCAGAGCACCACUCAACAGAGGGCGUCAGGUGACAAGCUCUUGGACCUUAUGCACAGGCUAGUGGGAGCAAUGCAGGUCACCAAGGGAUACAGUCAAGGCAAAGUGGUUCUUCCGAUGCCUUCAUUAGAAGUGUUGGCUGAGACUGCGCUGAACUCAGAUAGGAGAGUGGCAGUAAUCCAUGUGCUAGAGUCCUCGGUUGUGUCAUGGAUGAAGCAAGUUAAGAUGGCGCUUCAUCUUGACUGCAACUCAGCUAUCAAAAAAAGGCAUGGAAAUUAUGCAGGACCACUAGCGGAGCUAGAGGUUUGGAACAGAAGGCUUGUUACUUUAGAGUCCGUGCGAGAUCAAAUGGACUCUGUAGUUGUGCUAAACAUACUGCACAGCCUGGAGCAAGCUCAUAGCACGUAUUCACAAGCUUUCAUUCACGUACACAGGGACAUCGGUAAAGCUAUCGUGGACACAGAACAUUGUCUGGUGUAUUUAAGCACUCUGCGGCCGUGGUUCCUGCAGCUGCAACAAGCCUACUCCCCUGACACACUGCUCAAGCUGUUCCCUCCGCUAAUGACCACUCUCUCACUCGUAUGGCAAUACUCCGGUGUGUAUUGCCACGCUCCCCACUUCCAGCGACUGUUGGGACUGGUGGCCAACCAGGUGACCCUAAAGGCUAGGGACAUCGUUGGGGGAGAUAUUUUGGAGCAGCCUGAAGAGAGUCUGGCCCACUUGAAACUGGCUCUUCGCGUAUGCGCUGCCUUCAGGGGCUGUUACCUUGACUACCGGGAGAAGUCAGAGGUCAUCUCUGUCAAGCACAAGGAACGCUUUGAGUCAAUGAAGUUACAAGGUGACACGUCACAUGAUCAAAACAGAGUACAGCAGAGUGGAGGUGCGGUCUUGUGCCCCUGGCCCCCCAGAAAUGCCCCCGUGUUUGUAUCGUUGAGCUCGUUCAUGGAGAGAUGUAAUGACUUGUUUGAACUAGUGCAAACAGUACAAGACUUCAGAGAGUUGGAGGCUGUUACUUAUGGUGACAGUGACUCCUGUCGUCAUGGCGGUGACCCCCUCAUCACUGACAUCUACUCUGAGUUUACUGCAUGUCUACAACAACUAACUCAAGGAGCGAAGGGCUUGUUGGACCUUGACCCUGAUUCUCAUUUUGAAGAGAGUUUCUUUCUCUUUCGCUCGACUGUCAAGUCCCUGGAAGAGCAGAUGGUGGGGAGCUUGGUGUCUGCAUUUGAUGGUGCUCCCUCCCUCCCAGCUUCACUGAGGGUGUUGGAGCUAUAUCAGGGGGUGGUCAGGAGGGAUCACAUCAAGGUUAAACUCACUAACCAAAUUGAGAAUAUUCUCUCAACAAUGCUCUCGGACGUCAUCAGUGUAUCUGAACUUCUCUCCAUGCCACGCCCACCCCCUCUUCCUCACACGCCUCCUGUCGCCUGCAAGUUGCUAUGGCUACAUGCCCUGAAGGAACGUGUGUGUGGUCCGAUGGACAGAGUGAGGCAGUUAGCCUCGGAGAUACUGGAGGGGGACAGUGGGUGGAGACUGAGGCAGGCUCACGGCCAAGUGGUCAGCACUAUUGACAGCCUGAGUGCGAGCACAAUGACUGAGUGGUGUGAGAGUGUGCCCUCUGGGUUGCAGAAAUCACUCCGGUGGAAUAUUCUGACACGAGACUCAAGUGAUAGAAUGGUUGUAAACUUUGACCCCAAACUCAACGAGGUCCUGUCGGAGGUUCGUUACCUCAGGGGCUCCCCCCUCUGUCUCCGCCCUCCCCCCCACCUAACUCAGUUGGCACGGGAACUCGACUACAGUGAACUCAAACACAGGCAAACCAGUUUACAGGUGGUGGUCCAGACGUACAAUGAAAUCCUCGAGGGGUUGUCACACGUAGAGAGAAAUCUCUUCCAACACAAACUACAGCAGACGGAACAACUGCUGUGCGGAGGGCUGGACCAAUUGGAUUGGACGAGUGUGACUUUCCCGGACUUUAUCGCCAAAUCACGAGCGGUGGUGUGUGUCGACCUGCAGAGCACUCUCCAUGAAGUACAUCGUCACAUGAUGUCAGUGGGGGCGUGUGUGGAGGCAUGGUCAAGAGUUGGCGGGCUGGACGUAUUUGUAGCCGGAGAGAAUAGGACUGAACUGAAGUAUCUGGAGAGAAAGAAUCGGCAAAUCCUCGAGUCCCUUCAAUCGACCCUCCCCCCAUCCGUCCAGCGAAUCUCAUCCCAUAUUGACCACACCUUCUCCUGUAUUGACGAAGCAUCUCAAGAAAGCCCAGCCUGGGCUACUUACCUGUGUCAUAUCGACACUUUAGUACGGGCAGGCCUAAAACAAAUGGUUCUCAAUGCAAUAUCUUCGCUGGUGCAACGAGCCAAUCGUUACGAACAGGGGCAUCCCAUUUCCCCCCUCGUUACCGUGGAGCUUGAGUUGCAAGCAUCGGACGUCCAAUUUUCGCCGCCACUAUCGACACACUCUGCCAUAGUGUCAGUGCCUGAGGCUGUUCACAAGUGGAUUGAGGAAUAUAUCGGAUUGGCCAAACUUGUGCCGAGGUUUGAGGGCGUGGCUGGGGCAGGGUCAUGCUUCGAGGCUUUGUGUGGGGAUGCUGAGUUGAAGAGUGCUGUUAGCAAGAUCAGCGCACACUUGGAGACUAACGCAAGGCAUUGUCAGUCACUGAGGAAGAGGUUCACGCUGUACUCGUUUCUAUGGGAACAGGAUGUCUCGGCCACGUUUUCUGAGUUCCUCCAGGGGACAGCCCCCCCGCACCCUCGUCGCUUCACACGACCCGAGACUGUGCGAUCACGAGCGUCCGCCAGAGUUCACAGUGGGAGGCCACGCAGCUCCACACAGAGUCAGGCCACACUGCCUAGCAGUCCGGAGUCCAACCUCCUGGGAGUGAUGGGCGUGUCAGACUGGGACUUUCUCCGCCCACCCUCUAACCCCCCGGACGAGGACGAUAGUAAGAGACCCUCGCUGGACGAUUUUGACGGAGAAAUUGCCGUCUUCCAGGGGGUGCUGGAUCGGCUGAGUAAUAUUGAAGAUGUUGCGGACGUGGGUUGGGUGUGUGUAGAUCAGCGUCCAAUCAAACAAGCUCUCUGUUCCCUCACUUCAAAAUGGAAGCAUGUCUAUGCCAGCCAUCUGGAGAGACAGGUUGGUUUCGUGCUAUCUUCGUUAGACCAGUUUUUUACGGAGGUGGAGCCAGAGGUGGAGCUUAUCUCCGGGGAGGAGAGUGACACACACGCCUUCAUGAGACUCAUGAACAUCUUUAACAAAGUCAACAAUCAACAGCUGGAGAUGGACACAAAGUUUGGAGCUGUACAUCGCGCUGUUCUUAUUCUCGACAAGUUCGACUGUCAGUUGUCACAAGCAAUCAGGAGCAAGUUCAACGCUGCUCCACAAAGGUGGUCCAAUCUCAAGAAACGAGUAGCCCUAGGCAAGCAAAGAGUUGGUCCGCGUAUCCAAGCAAAAGGUGACAUCAUCUCGCAAGAUCUGACUAGAUUCAGAGAGAUCUUCGCUAACUUCAAAGCCAGCUUUCUCGCUAGCCAGUGUAUACAUCACGACUGCUCAAAAGAAGAGGCUUUUGGCCUGGUCGCUGGGUUCACUAAGCAGUUGAGGUCUCUUCAGGCCCAAGCACAGGACCUGAUUGAGUUGCAGGAGCUCCUGGAGACCUCUGUGUUUAACUUCUCGCUGCUCAAAGAAUUUGAAGAAGAGUUGUCCACUCUGCAAGAGCUAUGGAAGUUAUCAGAUUCGAUUGAGUCACUCCACUCCACGUGGUACCCCCAGUGCUGGUCAGACGUGGACUCCACCCAACUGCUCGUCGGGACGGAGGGAGAGUUGGACCAGCUGUCAGUGUUGCCACAAGCCAUAGUCACCGACUGGGACCUCUAUCAGCACAUAGUCGGACAUGUGUCCACUGUACAGGCCAAUGCUCCCGUUCUGGAGAGACUUAGGAGUCCGUCUAUGAGGCCUCGCCAUUGGAAGCAGGUGCUCAAGUUGGCACGCAGCGGCACAUCUCAUUUCCUCAGUAGAGGAGGGACGUUCGAUGUCAGUCUACUGGAGGAGCUGACAUUUGGACAGUUUUUGGAUAUGACAUUACAUGAGCAUGCUGCUGAAGUGGAUGCUUUAGUGGAUAGAGCUAACAAGGACAUUGCUAUAGAGUCUCUACUCAACACGUUUGAGGAGGUGUGGCUUAGCAAGCACUUUGACCUUCAGCUACAUCAGAGAGUAGCCGACACUGGAGGUCAAGAGACUCUGUCUGAGUUAGCUAUGGAACAGUCCAGUGGCACACCGAAGUCACGAGCACCCUCCACCACACGAGUCGCGUCCGGUGUGAGGCGUGUGGGAGGUGGGGCUGCGUCCAUCACGCUACCCACCACCCCCGGGCACAUGGUGAUGGGGAAAAUCCCUCUCCUCUGCAACACUGGAGGGAUAUUUGAAACACUGGAAAGUCAUCAAAUGUCUCUACAAAGCCUCGAGGGCACAGUGGCAGCUGCCUCAUUUGCCGACGACCUCCAGAAAUGGCACAAGCAGUUGCAAACCAUCGAAGCAGUGCUCAGAGUAUGGCUGAAAGUGCAACUGCUUUGGACUCAGUUGGAGGGGGUGUAUGGUUCCACUGAGGUGUCGACCCACCUCCCAGGCCACGCCUACACUUUCUCCACCGUAGACUCUGAUUGGAGGGAGCUAAUGAUGGGCGUGGCACGGAACACUGCCGUCAUCUCUGUAUGCCUCAAGGACGGCCUGCUGCCGAGCCUGGAGAAGUUCCACUCUAGUCUAGUAGACUGUCAGACGGCGCUGGUCCGCUACGUCGAGGGUCAAAGGGUCAAGUGCCCGUGGUUCUACUUUCUUCCUCUCGAGGACAUUCUACAGUUUAUGUGUUACGGCUCUAGUUUGGACCAGUUUAGUGCUCAGAUUCACAAGUUGCUUCCUCACGCCUCUGCCCUCGUGUUUACCAACAACCUGGGACCGGCGUCUACUGGCCAUACCCCCAGCCACCCCCGCACAUAUGGUAUACAUCAAAGCAAGAUAUGCGGCAUUGUUAGUACAGUCGGAGAAAGGCUUGAUCUUGUACAGGCUGUGUCAUGUGACGGUCCAGUGGACAUGAUAAUCUCCAAGCUAAUGGCCUCCGUCUCGUCCACCCUCCAAUCGCAACUAAGCAACGUAAUCACCAAGUUUAUCACGCCCAGUCCGUCCCACAAGCAACCAAUCGAAUCGCUAUCUAAUCUCCCCAAUCUCUGGAAGAGCAAUAAAGUGUCAACACAAAUCUCUAUACUGGGCACGCAAAUAUCACUAGAAAACAAUCUAUCCAAGGCCAUCGAAAAUUCUCAGAAAUUGUCCGAAUUUCUCUCGGAAAUAAACUCACUUUUGAACACUGUGUCAGAUUUGAUUAAAGGUUCUCCGACUAAUGUUAGUCUGCCUGAGGUGUUAAUGUCAGGGUCUAGUCAGAUCUGUCAGGAUAAUAUGGAGUCCAACAUUGCGUUGAAAGACAGCGUGUCCAAUAUGUCGGCUGUCGAUAGUACAAGUAACAGUGGCGUAUUUGGUGAACGAGUUCAAAUGAACAACAUGUACGGUAUUUCAAAAUACCAGCUUGUCAAGUUGCAAAACAUACAACUUGUUCUUUUGAAUUACAAACUCAAAGCUGCGAUAUUUUUGGAAUUGGAAUCAAAUUCAACGUUAAAAGAUUCUUUUGAGUGGCAAUCGAUGCUACAUUACGAGUGGUUACCACGGGAACAGAAAGCGUCGAUAACGAUACUUGGUACCCGAUUGAUGUACGGUUAUCAAUACACUGGUAGCUCAUCACGUCUCUUGCUCACACCUCUCCUGGAGAAGACUCUGUACUCGUUGUUACAGGCCAUUGGGACUGAGGGCGGGGCUGUGCUCACUGGAGAGGAGGGUUCUGGUAAGAGCUCGCUAGUUCGUGAGCUAGCUGUGACAUCUGGUCGAUUGUUAUUCACCGUGAGGUGCUCCCCUCUCACCAACGUGGCAGCUGCUCUUGCUGCUGUCAAGGGGAUGAGUGCUACAGGAUCAUGGCUCCUCCUCCAUUCUCUUGACACCCUCACACCCUCCGUCCUACAAACUGUGUGCAGUCUACUGGCCAGCAUCCAUCACGGCAGGCUCUCCCACUCGACUAGCAUACAAUGGAUGAAGACCAGUGUAGCUCUAGCGACUGACCCUCCUGGAGCUUGCUUUGCAACUAUGUCUUGCUCUAAACAGAAAAACUUUCCUAGUACACUACUCGACUAUUUUCAAACUUGUAGUGUGAGCACGCCGGAUAGAAUGGUUGUUUUAGAGGCUCUGUUUCUUGUGAACGAGUUCAAUAAUUCAAUUCAGCUUGCACAACUAUUGGACAAAAUUUGCCUUUCAAUUGAAGAGCUUUUCGGUGACUUAGACUCAGGAAAAUCCGCACAAAAUCCUUUCAAUCUUGGCUUGCACAAGCUCAAAGCUAUUGUAUCGCUUGCCCGUAAGCACAGUAAAGACUUGAUAGGUCUUGGCCUUCUAGCAACAGAUGGAGAGCCUACUAUGAAUAAUAAUCUCAAAAUGCCAAGUAUGGUCUACUCUGAAAUGUCCUUUAGUACCCAGCGAGCUUCUCUUAAGUUUAGAGCCGGUAGUGAAGACAACGAUUCGGAACCGCUCACACGACCAAUUCUUGAAGAAUUCUCUCUCCUUCUGGCACUAAAAGACACUCUCUUACCGUCUGUAUGUCCCGAGAGCAAGGAGUAUGACAUCAUAGUGACGCUAAUCUCCGAGCUCUUCCCAGGCUUCGAUUUGAUAGGAUUGCUCGACCACGAGGGAAAAGUGAGGGAGGGGCUGACGCUUAAGGCAGCUAGCGUGUCUGGUGCUGGGGAGAGUGCCAGAGAGUCUAGGGCUGCCAGUGCUAUGCAGAAUGUACUAGAUGACAAUCAGACCAGUGAAGCUGGUGGCACGCUGGAGGAUCAGAUUGUAGUCAGCUGUCAGCUUCAGCAACUCGUCCCAACCGUCCCCUUCCAAACAGCUGUGUCACAGUUAGUGACGCUGGUUCAAUCGAAUCGGUUCACCGUGGUCAGUGGUCCCAGUUGUAGUGGCAAGACCUCCAUCAUUCAGGUGGCUGCUGACACUCUCUCCCAGAUUCCCACGUCUGGCCCCGUCUCCGUGACUACCCUAGUUACCGAGGCAAUGAGAGAGGAGCAGCUGCUCGGCUACCAGGACAAGGAGAAGGGUACAUGGGUGGAGGGUCUGCUCCCUCAUACACUCUCCUCCCUCCGGCCCGGCUCCUGGGUUGUGUUGGAGGGUGCUCUCUCCCCAGCCCAACUGGACAGCCUGUUGGCCUGUGAUGGUGAUGGUCCACUGCACCUCAGUAAUGGACAGUGUUUGACAGUGGACCUAUCAAUCAGGUUUAUUAUGGAGGUAACUUCACUUUCGUCUUUGACUCCCUCCUCUGUCGGCCGGAUUGCAACCCUUGACCUCUCUGUCGGCACUGUUACAGGGUCAGAGGUCAUGAGCAGAUGGCUCGGCAUGCAACCAAGCUCCUCCCAUUUUAAACAGAACGCCCCUGCCCUACACAUCCUCUUUGACAAGUAUACUCCUAAAGUGCGAGAAUUUAUUCAGCCAGCUCUGAGUAGUAGUAGUAUUGGUGGGUGUGAUGUCAUUCAGGGGACGUCUAGCAUCUCAUUAGUCAAUGGUGUGAGCGUGUGCAGAUUACAAGGACAAGAACCGAGAUUAUCAGAGGUUCAUCUGAUGCAGUCACUCUGUCGGAUAUUGGAGUGUCUGCUAUCUAAUGAAGCCAUUACUAGCGAGCUAUCUACCGAUUAUUUGGAGCGAGGCUUCGUGUAUGCAAUAAUCUGGUCAUAUGGAGGAUUCUUAAACGCUCACAACAAGACCAUUUUCGAUCAAUGGUGGAGGGGAACAUUCGAUACUCCACUACCAGAAGACGGACUACUAUGGGAUUACAAUCUGACGUCUGAUUUGACACGGUUCAGUACGUGUACUGUUAAUGCAGCCCCAGUGACAAGGGAUAAUCGACCAUCAUUUGUUCCAACCGUACGGUCGCAAUCGUUUCAACGCAUCAUCGGUAUCCUACACAAACAAGGCUUCCCUGUGCUUUUAAGUGGUGCCAAUGGAACAGGUAAAACUUUGUUGCUGUUGAAUCAGUUCGACGAGUAUUGUAAUAGUUCCGAUGCCUCACUACUUCAUCUCUACGUUAACCAGUCGACCAGUGCACAGAGCUUGUGGGAACAGGUUGUAGAGUGUCUGGAGUGGCAGUGGGGCCGGAGGUACACUCCACGGAGGAUCAAGAAACUGGUCUGCUUUGUAGACGACAUCCACAGCACACAGUGUACUAGUGCGAGUGAAUUCAUCAGGAGCCAUAUUUCCAGCGGAGGAUUUUCCGACCCACGUACAGGGAAGACUCACACCAUCUCGGAUGUCAGUUACAUAGUGACAGGUCACCUUGACAACCAGAGUGGGGGUGUGGUGGGCGGGAGACUACUCAAACACUUCAACGUGCUUCACUGGGACGGAUACAAGAGUGGUCAAGUGUGUACCAUAUUCGGAUCUGUACUGGAAUCAGCCUGUGUGAAUGUCGACUCUGAGACGAUUGGCCGUCUGGUUGCCAUGGCAAUACAGGUUCACAGGCGGGUGGAGGGCAUGUUCCUGGCCACCCCAGACCGACUACACUACGUAUUCUCCAUGACAACCAUAGCGGCUGUGUUUAGACACCUUGUAACUAGACUGAAGACCUCCCCCGGGGGGCAGUGUGACCUGCUCAGGGAAUGGGUGAGGGCGGGCUGGUGGGAGUACGCUGCUACCAUGGCAACUGAGGUCGAUAGGGAGAGGUACUGCGAGAUGGUUUCUCACGCCCUCAAAAAGUUCUUCAAUCAGCACAUUAAGCUCCCUGAGUUGCUGUCCGAGAGCUCGGUGAGGUUACCAGCUGACGAGGUGGUGGGUGUUCGAGGGAAACUAGCUCACCAGCUGGAGGAGUACAACACGUCACAUCCCGCCAUUCACAUCAACCUCUACGAUUCCACAAUAGAGGAGGUUACUCGUCUCUGCGAGGUCCUGGCGUCUUCUCAUGACAUGGCCCACACCCUCUUAUUAGGCCACACCCACUCUGAGCCACUCGUCCAAUUAGCCGCUCUCCACACGUGUCACACACUCACACAACCAUCACAGCACUUCAGCUCCACCCUCCUCACAACCUCCACUCCCCACGGGAUUUCUCCGUACUCAUACCAACUUGAAAAUUUACAGAAAGACUUGGUCCGUAUUUAUACCACAGCUGGCGUCAAAAAUGAAAAGAUAGUUUUACUAUUGACUGAGCAAGAGUUACUACACGAAGGAUUUCUUACUUUUGUUUAUCAGUUUGUAAAGGGAGGUGCUAUUUCACCGAUGUUUUCCAAAGAGGAGGAGUCUCGUAUUGUGACAGCUGUUCGUUCUGAUCUAGCCCAGAGUGGUCUGGCAUUCACCGUAGAAACGGCUUGGGGCUUCUUCCUAAGGCGUGUGUGUAGCAAUGUGCGUGUGGUCCUAUCCCUCCCCCGGCUAGCAAACAGUCUCCUCUCUGGCUGCACUAAGUGGAGGGAGCUGCUCGGUUGCCUGAGGGUCUGCUAUCACCUGCCCUGGGAGAGGAAGGAACUGGUCGACGUGGCGAUGCAUCAUCUCAAAGAUUGUACGUUCUUGUCUGAUCGUCAUAGUGAGGGACUGGCUCACCUGUUGGCCUCCGUGCACUUGCACCUGAGGAAAAGACCUGAUACUCACACCUCCAACACUGCGUACCAAUACUUCACUGAGAGGUUUGUCCAUCAGUUAACUGUGACUCAUGCUGCCAUAGAGAUCAGAUCCAGCCAGGUAGCUGCAGCCCUGGCAACCGUCAGCACGGCACAGGCCCAAGCAGUCGCACUGGAGGAGAGAAUCGGUAAAGAGGAAGUCAUCCUCUCUGAAAAGAAAGGGGCAAAUUUGAAGCUCCUGGUACUGAUUGGACAAGACACGGCCAUCUUGAAACAGCAUAGCAAGCUGCUCUCUAAACAGAGGGAGAGGAUUAGCCAUCUAAAGAAGGUGAUCCCAGAGUUUGAGCACGCCUGUGACCUCUCCCUUCAAGACAAAGCCGACAUAAUCACCUCCUCACAGCAACUGGUACUAAACAUUGACCAGAGUGGUCUUUGUGAACUAAGGACUGUACUGCGACCUCCGGAGGAAAUGGAGCAGCUGCUGGUGGCUGUUAUCAGUAUCAUCAAGGGACCCACAGCCGAUAUAACGUGGACCAAGGGUGCAAAGAGACUGAUGGCCAAUCUAGACAGAUUUUGUGAACUCCUGAUGGAGUAUGGAGCGUGCGAGGAUAACUCAGACCUAGUCCUUGAGUCCUUGGAGCCCCUCAUGCGGCAACCCUCCUUCAGCCCUCAGGCCUUCACACAGUACCCUGGGGGCAAGGCAGCUGCCCAACUAUGCUCCUGGGUACAAGGUGUGCACUCCCUCCACUCUACACUGCAGACCAAAAUACGCCCACUACAAAAUAAGAUAUCGACUAUGCAAGCUUCGCUGAGCGAGUACACUGAUAGGUUGAAAAGUCAAGAGAAUAAGAUACGGGUUUUGGACGAGCGCUUAUCGGGACUGAGCGUUGCCUUGGAGACAGCGUCGGUGGAUAAAAGCCGACAGGGUGAUCUGGUGAGGGCCAUGCAUAGAAAGUGGGGGCACACCAAAGAGUUCAUCAAGACCCUCUCUGGUGCACAUACUGACUGGUUGUCCCAAUCCACCGAUGUCACAGCUGCACUAUCCAAAGCCAUGGGAGCCUGUUGUCUGUCCGUGUGUCUAGCCGUCUACCUCAGUCCUCUCCCCCCUCACACGCAACUGGACGCCAUUAACCAACAGAUUUUACCCGUCAUGAGAGAGCGAGGGAUCGAGUUAUACUGGCCAGAGACAGAUCAAUACCUGUCUGCAUUUGUGAGCAAAAAUCCCACCGAAAAUAACACCGAUAGUCAUAAUAAUGACAGUGUAUCUUGCAGUGUUACACAAGUACAAUCGUACUCUGACCUUGCACAAGCUAUAGUCUCCACCCUGGCUACGAGGUCGUUUACGGAUAGCUGGAUGGGUGGGUGUGGUAGCGUGUGUCAGCUGAUGGGACUCUGUCUGAUUGAGCAGUCUUGGCAUCGAUGGCCUCUCGUGUUUGACCCUCAGGGCCUGGCCGGGAGGUGGAUAAGAACAGCUGUUGGGGAGACACUGGUUACUUUGGACGGGGACAAUAGGUGUGGCAAGUUCUAUCAGAGCCUUGAGGCUGCGCUAGUGAGUGGUGGGUGUGUCCUAGUGGAGCACUUCCCCUGUACCCCCGCUGACCCAUCCCUACACCCCCUCCUCAGCCUCAGGCACUCCUGGAGGAAUGGAGUCAACGUGGUGCAGCUGUGUGGUCACCGUAUACACGUCCACUCCUCAUUCAAACUCUACCUCACGACAACCACACCCCUCUCUUCGCUAACACCCAGUCUCCGUGACGAUGUAACUCUAAUCUCAUUGGACGUCUCGCACCCUGUCGCCGUUGACCUCCUAUUGAGUACAGCUUUGGAGAAAUUGGGAGGCCAAGAAUUUAUGGAAAAAGUUGAAAGAUCGUGUGUAGGUGUGGCCUCGUGUAAGGAACAGCUGGCUAAUUUGGAGGGGGUGCUCCUGAGUCAGCUGCCGACCAAUGGGAAGGACCCAGUGUACGUAGUCUGUACUGAGAGAAUUGCUGCCACCGUGGACAAGAGUAAUCAAGUAUCCUCUGAGCUUCAGUCUCACCUUAGUGCUCUCCAUCAGCUCUUUAUCAGACGAUCUAAGCUCCGCCCACUAGCCCAGCAUGCCGCAUUAACGUACACCCUCCUACAACAACUUGCUGACUCAGCACCUAGGUAUGCCCAGAACUGGGUCAGUUUCACGAAAGUAUUCAAGACAUCGCUGGAUGGAAAGACAGACGUUGCCGUGGGAGACGUCAUAUCAGAGGCCAUACAAACGUUUAACGAGAGUCUGCUUCAAGAUACCUUCAGGUACCUGGACCAUCACCACUGGACCAGUCUGGUUACCGUCCUCUCCCUGCUGUCUCGCUAUCGACCACACCCCUCCAACACUCCCCUACUAGCAGACCAGCUAGACUACCUGCAACACAGCCGAUCGUACUUCGAUGAAGAAACAGACCUCAAUGUGAUGGACUUACCAACCCCCCCUCCUUGCAUCCCUCUCGAGCUAUGGACGCUCUUGCACAAGCUGCCUCUACCUGUGACCUACUUUGAGAGUGUCUUACAAACCACGCACAGUCACACUGAGUUCUGGGAAUCGGUUAGUAGCGAUACAUGUAAUAUUGGAAUCGACAAUUUCCCAUGGAAAUCUACAAAAAUCGAUUCUACGUGUACCGGAAUUGAAGAUUAUGUUAUUCUCAUGUGCAUUUCCGAAGACAGGUGUAUGAGUAGUUUGAAUGCUCUAGCUUCAUCUCUGCUUAAGGCUGUGCAUGUACCCUCGCUAGAAGCUGUACUGGCGGAGGGGAUGGUGGCAAAGAAGCCAUUGUUGCUGUUUUACGAGCGAGAGUCGAUGGUGUCACAAGUUAACCAUGGCAACCUGGAGGCAACACUCAGGAAGACACUAAAGGGCAAGAGCUUCUCUACUCUCAAGAUGGGCUCUGACACGGAGGAGCUAGCUACUGACCUCCUCACUCACCCAUCCUCUGACUGUCUCCUACUAGAGGACGUACACUGCUCACCACAACACUGGACCAAGCUGCUGCCACUCUAUAUCAGACAAGCUAUCAGUACAGGUUGUCAGCUUGUGUUCACUGCAUCUACCGAUUCCUCCGACUUUCCCCGCGAGUUCAUAGAAUCUUGUCAGACCCUACUGCUCUCAAAGAUGGCUACCACUUCUACUAAAACCAUUCCCAAGAGAUUAUGGAUGUCUGAAGCACUCAGUCACGGGCAGUUACUCAAAAUCUGUCUGGCAAGUAUCCCCGAAAAUUUGAUAUCUAAAACGAGUCAGCUAAAAGAAAAAGCGAAACCAAUCGUAUUCAAUCUAUCAGUCUUGCACGUAGCUGUCAUGAACAUUCGAACUUCGAAAAUACCGUGUACUUUCAAUAACCUACUGCGAUGUGUGUCUACACUACUGGCUUUGAGUGCUGACAUUUUGAGCUGUGUAGUGCUGACUGUUCGAGAAGUGUAUAAUGGCUGCUUGCCUUUGAGUGAAUUGAAUCGUUUCGUUGCCGUGUGUUUGUCUCAAGAGAGUUGUGUUCCUGGAGCCACGCUGGUGCUAGGAGAGGGGGUGGAGUUCACAGUACCCCCUCAGGGGGUCGACCCUGCUUGUUAUGGGGAGCAUGUGACUGAUCACACAGGAGAUGGAGAUCCUUUGAUAAAAUGGACUGAUUUCUGUGACGGUAUUGACGUCUUGCUGCUCCCACUACUGGACCACCUCCCCACAUUCCACACCGCCCCCUCCACCCCACUCACACCCUCACACUCCACACCCUACAACACAGCACGAAGCUUUCUAGCUACUCUAGACUACGUCAGUGAGAAUCUACCAGCCUCCAUUGAUGUGGGUGUGUCAGGGGGUGUUCCAGUAGGUGUGGUCUCACAGCUGCCAUCUACCCAGAAAUACAACCACUUCAAGUUGGAGAGGCUGUGCUCUCAGUUCAACGAGACUUUGAUUGGUAUUCGAGACAGGGACCUCCCCGCUCUCUCCCGCUACUCUAGGGUGGAGUUUGACAGUCUCCCCUCCUCCCUCACAAGUACGCUGGCCUCGCUACAGAAUGGGGUGUGGCCUCAGGAGUGGAGAGUGGUACCGGGUCAGGAUCAACUCUCAUUGAACGAUGGCAUUCAAGAGUUGAAGGUUGCCAUGGAGAAACUGUCUCCACUCGUCAAUUGACUCAACACUAAUUAUUGUAGCUAGUCAUUAUAAUUACGAGAAACUAAUAUUUUUUGACCUCAUCAAUUUUUUUUAUUCAAGCAAAAUAAUUAUUAGAAUAAAAAGCACCGCGGGUGCUGAUGCCUCGGUGGAGGUACCAAAGCUAUAUACAUUAACAUAAAACUACUAAUAUAUAGCUAGUUUUUAUACAAAUAUUUAUAUCAUGAACAUUUUUAAUUUUGCA